CACUUCUUCUUCCCUUUUCCCCUGCAUGGAUGAUCUGGGCUAGAAUACAACCACUUUCAUUUUGUCCAUCUCCCUCCAUGAUGAGCAUCUCAGUUCCUCCUGGUGUGGCGCCUUUGAACAACAGCGAGGAGCCCUCUGAGGCUCAGUGUCAUCCAGGAGCCCAGCACGUCUCACUCUUGGUGCUCCUCUGCCUGUUCCAUCUGAUGGGACUCUUCCUCAACGGCUUCAGCCUGUGGGUGUUUACCUGCCGGAUGUCCAAGUGGAGCGCAGGCACAGUUCUGCAGUUCAACCUGGCCGUGAGCGACGCCAUCGCCUCGCCUGCCACGCCGCUGUUGGCCGUCUACCUGGCCAGUGAGAGCCAAUGGAAGUUUGGGAGUUUUGCUUGCCAGCUGAAUAUUGCCCUGCUCUGUGCCCACUUCUAUGGUAGCGUCUUCUUCCUCAUGCUCAUCAGCGUUCACCGCUACAUUGCAGUGGUCCGCUUUAACCGAUCUUCGCUGAUGAAACGGAAAGACUUUGUGAAGAAGCUGUGCUGUGGAGUGUGGUGUUUCUUGCUGGUUUUGGGCCUAAGCUUUGGGUUUCUCCUGCCUGUCACCACUGAUGAUCACAAGCUGUGCCUGUCCAUACAUCAGAAGAAUCGCACAGAAGCGUACAUCGCCAUCAACUUCAUGCUCUUCAUUCUUGGUUUCAUUGUGCCUUUAAUUGUGUCUUUAAUUUGCUACAGCUGCCUGGCGACCUCAGUUUCCCGUAUCAAUGUUAGCUCGUCCCAGGGUCAGUCGAUCAAGAUGAAGUCACUGAAGAUGAUCGGAAUAUGUCUGAUCAUCUUUGGGCUGUGCUUUCUUCCUCUCAAUGUGGUGCGGACAGUCCUAGUUGUUAUUAAGAAGUACUACCCUAAGAAAUGCGAGCUUCUUUUACGACUGGAAACUGCAUAUUAUGCAUCCUACAUCCUGGGAGGAAUUAACUGCUGCUUGGAUCCCUUUAUCUAUUUCUUUGGCUCACACAAUUUUAAGAAAACAUUCAGAAAAUCACUGAGAAUAAUAAGGGUUCAGCAGGACAGAGAAAAUAGAACCGAAUCGGAGACAGCCAGUAUGGAUAUUAAAAUGAAGAAUUAUGCUGUUCCCUUCAGUGGAAAUGCUUAACAAUGGUCAGUGGCCUUUAAUACCACAGUAAGCUGACAUUUUUUAAACAACAGUAAUGACACUGAUGAGCACUUAGAUUGGCUUAUGUCUUUUAGUAUGAUGCAAUACUAUAUGCCACAGUUAAUGUAUAUAAUAGCAUGUAUGCAGUGUACAACAAAUGGUGUCACCAUAGGUGAAU